AGCGUGUCAGUUUGAUUCCUGAAAACAGCAAAAUUGGGGCACUGAUACAAAUUUGAGGUCAUAAAUCUCGACCUCCAGGUUCCAGUGGCUUCAAAUUUCACACAUCAUUGCCCAGUGUCCACCAUCGUACUCGUUGCUCUCGGGCUCCUCUGCGCCAUCAGCCUCAAGUCUCUCACGCGCAGCCGCUACCCUAUCAGAUGCGUUCGAGUCCCAGCGCAGCGGAUUGGUUGUGCCUGUGCGCACACCGUAUGCGGAAGCCAUUUGACGUAUUUGUGACGGCGGGUGGUUUCACUAGACAUGUGUAGACUAGCGCCUCGUGUAGUAACGUCAUUUUUUUUCUCUUCUUCAAACCUUCAUCUUCCUUGAGCAUUUCAGCCAGUAGCUAACGAAUACCAUGGAUACAGUCAAAUCCCAAGUCGAUUUCUCCACGGCCUCGGAUAUCAUUAGUGCGCUGCAAAACAUCCUUGCGCAUUCACAAAUGAUCAUGCCAGACCUCGAAACGUCCUACUCUCAAUCCAGAUUGCCCACUACCAACUACUUUGCGAUCGAGCUCAAAGACCAGAGCAUCGGCGAUAUCAUCACAGAACGCCAACAUCAGUUGGACGCGAUUUUGCCCGAGAUCUCAAGCCUGGAAACUGUCAUAGAUGGUGUCCAAAAUAUUCACAGACAACUCGUCGAGCAGAAGGCCAAGAUCAUCGAGUCCAUCCAUUUGCACAAUAGACUCAGAUCGGCUCUCUGGCGCCUGCCAACUGAAAUCUUAUCCCACAUCUUUUACCUCUGUCUUCCAGACGUUCCGAGACUCAGUAUGUUGCAGCCACCAUCACCGCUAACAGCUCCCAUGCUGUUGACCGGAAUAUGCCAACAAUGGAGGGAAGUUGCUGUAGGCGUACCUGGUCUAUGGCGCAUGUUGUCUGUGACAGUCAAUGACCAUCACUGGCAGCGGGCAGUGUUCUGCUAUGACAUAUUUCUUAAGCGGUCACAGGGACUCCCGCUCUCGCUGGCACUCCAGUGUUCCAAAAAUCAUUCGACCAAGCUACAAAGCCUUCUUCAUCCUUACGUCAAACAAAUCUUGUCUCUCUCUAUCAAUUGUCCUCAGGUCCAAGGACUGGACCAACCUGAACUUUUGUUAAAAGACCUCCCAGCACUGCAGGAGCUAACAAUUGGCCAUAAUAACGAAGCUUUUCCACGACUCAUGUCGCGACUGCCGUCCACUGUGAGAUGUCUCAGUUUCCCAGGGACGUGGUUUGGGCCCAUGCUACCAUCUUAUCUCACUUCCGUUCAGUGGGCCCACCUGACGAACAUUGAAUUCUGCGUAGAUGGACAGAAUACACUCUUCCGCCUACUCCGGUUAUGCCCCAACCUCUCCUCAUUAACCACUGCCAUGGUAUCACCUGAAUCACAGACCUCAAGGCCAUUCACGCACACUAAACUUCAAUUCUUGAUCUUCCGUGGUAGUGUGGCGUACAAAACCCCAUUAUCGGGCGUGUUCAGUACUCUCUCACUUCCCAAUUUACGCGGAUUUUAUGUCUGCAGUCCAUCAACGUGGCCUCAUGAGGAGUUCAAGACAUUUUUGACACGGUCAAAGUGUCCCUUGCAGAUCCUGUCUACAUGUCAUUGUUUGGGUGUGACAGCUGAGCGGCGAGCAGAAUACGCUGCCAUUGUUCGUUCCUCCAAAGUGUCAUGA